AUGCGGUGUGUUAGGCUUCUUAAUGAAUUUGAAAUUAUUGACAAGAAGCUUUUGGUUAGUUCGUUCCCAUGUUUGCAUGAAAUCAUAGGUCAAAGUUGACCCGAAGACAGAGGACUUGUUAGCUGAGUAUAAGAAGAAGAAGCAAAAGGAAGGCGACGAUGGUAGCCUUGGAAGUACUGCAGCCGAGGUCGAUGAGGCCACAAAGCAGGACGAUGAAGUCGUCAAGACUGCUCUGCAAAAUAUACUUCAGGAAAGCGUAGCCGCGUUUCAGCUAGGACAUGGUAAGCGACUCGUUUUAAGACUCGAAUCGAUUUUCAGAGUCUCCAAAUCGCCAGGACUAUCUCGAGGGUCCAAGACACUUGGUGAGUUUCAAAUUGCUUUGCACUGUUUUUAAUUACUUGAUUUCUGUAAUGUUAAGAUAAUAUUUUUGUCAGCAUUGUAGUAAACUCGGUUCACCAAGUUUGAUACUGAAUAAGCGGGUGUCUUCAGAUAACAGUGGUCAAUAAGUUCGGAAUAUUUGCGCUUAAGUGGCAUUUCUCAUUUCCCUGAGACAGUCGCCUAGUAUCUUCUGCUACCGCAACGAGACCAUACGAAUUCAGAGGACCUAAGCACAUAUCUGCGAGCACGUGACUACUGUUCAAUCAUCUGCAGCCUGGUUGGGAGUGUAGAUCGUGGUCUUCCCACGUUUUAGCCUGGUUACAAAGCAGCACGUUCAUAUUUUACUUCCCAUUUGCCCUUUUUGUUGUCCCUUCUUUGCGGUCUUGGUAAUCACCGGACUUCUUGCGGGUUUUAGUUGAUAACUAAAGUCAACUAAAGUAUGGUUUUUCACCCGGGGUCUGUUCUUCCUGAAGACGUGGCGAAGUGCGAAUCAGUAAAUUUGAAAGGAAUACUAAUACCCCCGAAUUCUCUAUACACUCACACGAGAGGCUAACGGCGGGAACCACUCAUCCCACCCAUUUAACUAGAUACCUCGUCCAAUCAAGUUGGCAUGACGAAUUUUUAUUCUCGUGACCAGGUAUUCUCAACCAUAGCCUACCUAAUGCGAACAUACUAGGCUGCAUUAGAGACUUAACUUUAAAGCUUGACUGUGCGAUUCUUAUUCAGUCUUCCCAAUCUGGAACUCAACUGCGGCCUCCGGUAGUGUUAAGUGGAAGAAAGAUGCCCACUCCCGUUCCGAGUCAUUUUAAUCUAGAGUUCGAUUACUGCUCCUUUUACUGACCUACCUGACUACUUCCCUCAGUCAAGAUCCCUAAACCUGACUCGAGGAGUCACCUUUUCGUAAUUUUAUCUUGGCUAUCGUAACACUAACAGGUUAUUAAUUCAUCUGGUCACGCGUGUAUCUGACUGUGACUCGAGCGUUACAAGUCAAGCCCUUCACCCUCGUCUCAUCGAUACUGUUUUUCGGAACUUAAUACGACAUUAACAGUUUCAGAUCUUAAAGUAUUUUCGGAAUUAUUUCGCUUUGACACCCGUACUGCAAUUUUCGUCAUGCACUACUGUCCCACUUAUUUUCCUUAGACGCUUGAUGACAUGGAUCUAGACGUCGACCGAAAAGAUCUGAUUAACAAGGAAAUCGAAACCUUCCGCCGGAGGAAUGAGGUGAGGAAUCUUAGAUGUAUCCGAACACGGAUUUUGUUUUUAUACUGCCAUUUUGAUUCCACCAACUUGUGGCACAAUUUUGGCUGGGUUGGCAAGCUUACUUUUGUGCCUCGUCUGCCAGUCUAUGAACAACAGAACACAUGGACUUAAAGGUAGCCAUGAAUAUAACCAGCAAUUUAUGAAGACAACUAGCCAAUGUUGGUGAGUACAAUUUCCUGCUGUUAACGGGACUAGGCAGUUUAAAACUUUGAGGAUAGCUGUGAAUUGAGCAAAUCCUCGCCUUCUUUUAGCCCAUCUUGCUUGCGUGUCGAAGCAACUUCCGUUUGUGCUAAUAACGCGAGGCUGGGUGAGUAACUUGAUAAAGUAUUUCUUGUCGAAGCAUAUGCGCCAUCGAGCAAGUACUUUUUGCAACUGUUGUGCUUGUGUUUGGAAGUUGCCCGAUUUCGACUCCUUGGCGCCCCCUUCCGUGAACGCAGUUAUGUGUUUUGCCAAAAUUCUCUACGGUGUACUCUUGAUCUGCUUUGUAUGGCGCCAAUCGACGCCACAACAGAAAGAGACUCCCACCGAAGAGAGAACCAGACGGCCGAAAGACCUCGAUAGGGACUAUUAUUCUUCGCGGUACUCUCGAUCUCGGGCUGAACGGGAAUUAGCCCGGACAAGGCACUCGCGUUCACGAUCAUCCUCUCGCGAGCCAUCGAAAAAGCGACUUCGAGGAUCCGUCACAAGUUCACAUCUGACAUCCUCAAGCCACUCACGGUCAAGCCACGUCGACGAAGAGGAGGAGGCCAUUAAGAAAAGGCUUGAAAGGAAGCUAAGGGAAAAAGAGGAAUCCUACCAAGAGGUGAGUAUUUUUGAGGUCUCAGUUUCUGUUAGUUUCUGAUUUAUGGCAAAUAAGUGUUCCGCCCUUUUGGAGUACUUUAGAAGACAAAAUACCCCUUUAUUGCACAUCAUAUCCACAGGCCUUCUCAUGUCAUCCUAAAAUUUUCACCUGUAGCACUGAUUUCGCGUUUUAAGCCGUCGGUGGUUCAUUAUGAAAAAAUCGAAAUCUAGCUUACAUUUUUAUCAUUUAGCGUUUACGGCAGUGGGAAAGCCGCGAGCGCAAGAAGUUGGCUGAGUAUGAGAGGGAGAAGGAGCGUGAGAGGAAGAAACUAGAGGAGCUUAAUGCGGAAGCCCAAAGCCUUCACGAAUUCUUCGAAGACUACGAUGACGAUCUCGAGGACCCCAAAUUUUACAAGUGGGUCCUGAAAUUUAUCCCUAAAAUGUUAACUUUCUGCUGAUAAUCAGAGUGCAUAUUUUGCUCUCGACCGCUUGCCUUCUGCGCUCCUAUCGGACCUUAUAGAAACAAAAUGGAGGUGAAAUACUGAAGCUGUCAUGAUCCAGCCAAUAUUUCUAGUGGCUUUUUAUAUCCUCACAUUCACGAGGAGAUAGCGUAGUGACUCGAACCAUGCUGUGGCAGAGCAAUCUUUCGAACGAUUGGGUAGCCUCCAUUAGUUGGCCUUGUGCUUAAAAAGGGGGGUUUGACUACACUUUAAUUCUGACAUCCAGCGAAUAUCUUUCAUCGAAGAGAGGAUAUUCCGUGCCCAAUCAAAGCAUGAUAGCCGAGACACGAGGAUGAGAAAGUGACUCGCGAUUUUUCCAGAUUGACAUGUGUUGGCAAGGCCCCACAACAACUGCGAAAAAACGUGUCCUGCACUCGAUUUUCUUUACCAUGCCAAGUUUAAAUGGCUCCAGUUCCGACCUUCAGCAUUCGAUUGGCAUUUUGCCUUCCCUUUUUGUUGACUACCCUAGAUAAAGGCAACGAAAUGCCAAUUUGUAAUGAGCUUGAAAUGAUUACAGAAAGUGUACACCCCACUAUGGCAUACACUUCAUUUUCGGCAGCAGAAUGCUACCGCUCAUUUUAGGGUAGACUACGCGGAAAGAACGCUACUAGUCCGCCAUUCUAGUCCGGUGCGGCGUCAAUUACGGCGUCUGAAGCAUCGGUUUCGAAUAUCAUUGUGGUUCCAUACUGAGCGCUAGCGGUUUUGGCUUUCGAAACUUCUUCCUUAACAGCGUCGAAUGUUUUAAUAUGAAUGAGUAGGUGACUUUUAUCAGAGAAGUGAGGUAUCCAUUAUGAAUAGUAUGCGAACAAUCCAACUACUCGUUGCAACCUGUGGUCAACCGGAGAAGCCAUUUCACUCGACGGCUUUCAGCGUUCCGGAUCCUAUCUUAGUGUUCCAAACUAAGAAGCAUGAUUUGACUUGCGGCGAUGACACUCGACUUCAUUGGAGGUCACGUUCAGGGAUUUUCAAAGGUUUAAAUCAUCCCCGAUUCCGUCUCCACAAAUGGGGAUAUUGCCCACGUAGAAGGAAAUGUCCUUUAGGUGCACGAGCAUAAUUAUGUCGUUGAUAGUUCUUUUUGAAUACGUCAGAAGGGGCUCAACGAAAUUGAUGGGGACGUCCACAAGCUUCAAAGCCAGAGUGUGGCCAUUCCUCUGCCUGGAUAGGUUAUCAAGUGAUAGGCACUCUUGAGAUCAAGAAGGCUAUACGUGUGGUAGUUUGCAAUUUGUUCAAUCAUUCCGUCCACCCUAGGGGAGGGGUAGGCAUCGAGGAGUGUAUUUGUUGAUAGUCUAGCUACAAUCAACAACCACCGUCUCUCUGUGGUUCACAUUGGCUACCACCGGGACUCGGGCUAACCAAGAUGGGAAGGCCCAGUGAUUUCUUCAGUCAGAAGAUGAAUCGUUUCUCGUAUAUAUUAGUGGAGUCUAAACGAGGAACAGUAAUUAAUGAAAUAGAAUUUAGUCAGGGCAACAAGUUGGCGUGACACUCCAGAUCCACUAAAGUUGGUCAGCGUGUGCGGGAGGGGGGUUACUAUCCGUGGCCAGUGAUGUAGGUAUGAUCACAACGAUAUCGACUACGGGUAAUUUAGACCAUGCAGUGAGCUUUUGUGAGUCAUGGUUGUUGGGGUUCGUUCUGUUACAUGUUGGAUCUCAUUUCAUGUUCGGUCAACCUGGUCCAGGUACUGAAGCGAGAUCUGCCGAUUGACUGGCCCUCCGUCACUUCCAUCAAUUUGAUGCUAGCUUGUAAUUUUGCCGCAAACGCCCGUUUGCCAACGUAGGGGUUUCUUUACUGCAUCAUGAUGCCUGACACAUGCAACGGCCUAGCUGAGCACCCUUGCGCUUUGCGUCACCAGAAGUCUUAUUUCAGUCUGUUUAGAGCUAAAGGUUCGGAAACUAGUUUAAAAACUUCAUUGCGAGUUACUUUUCGUUACCCAGCCAUUCUUUUCUCGGGCUUCGAUUUGUGAAAAAACUGCUCCAUCAUUGUGUGCAAAUCACUUGUAUAUUGUCCCAGUUCACUAGAUCACUAACUACCAUAAUUCCCUCCGGAAUGAUUCAUCUAACCUUUCUUAAAAUGACAAUAUUUGCCUCUCAUUUAAACGUACUCGAGCUUGGGGAGGAAGCCUGGCUACAUAUAUUAUGCAAUUACCCUGAAAUGGUUGACAAGGAACGGCCCGUUUACUAAAAAUUAAUUCCUUUAGGGGAAGCGCUCUUCAAGGACGUUUAGCCGAUAGAGAAGUUGAGGAAGCAGCCGAUGAACGUGAUCGUCAAAAGGAAAUCGAACAACUCGAAGCUGCAAAGAGGAAAUUGAUUGAGGAAAGGGAUCCUAACGCAGAAUCCAUUAUUCUCCAAAUGGAACAGAAGAUGCAGGAACACCUUCGGAAAAGCCUUAAUCUGGACGGUGGCUCUACGCCUGGCAUUCACUAUCCAACCUUCCCACGAUCGUCACCUUUGAACAAUGUCGACGGAAAUGACGAGUCCUCCCAGCACGCGGACACUCCUGCUAGUGCGUUUAUUGAGACCUCUAAGGAUACUGCGAAUUCCGCCGCUGUAAGUCGAUUAAACUGCCAAGUGCAAUAACCAUGCUUUCACCCAUCCUUUGAGCACACCGCCUCCAUCUUAUUCCUCGUAUUCCUAGUGCAUCCUAGCCUCCCUAUGCUGGCUCUCACAUGCCAAGAAUUUCACUCGUCGAGAUCGAAAGUCCAAUACAUUGUGCUUCUUGAACCCAAGCAGCUAAUUGCCGCGGCUACAGGAAAGUCGUACAUCGAUUUGGUGUCUGGUCGUAGAGUUGUCAUCUAGCCUGCAUUGCCAAAGUCUAUUAAAUGGGCAUUCGGCUUACUUUUCGUUAGUCCUGGUUACAAACAAGCGCCGUCUGAUCCUAGCAGACGAAAGGUGGACCAAUGCAACUGGGACCCGGUUUUGAUUGACGGAUUUCAACAUCGAAUACCCUGGAACUUGGGUAGGAUAAUACAGAAAGACUUGCAACAUUAUUUGACUGGCUGGGAGUUAAUAGUUGCACGAUCUACCGCACUGACAGCACAGGUACUAGCUUAAAUCCCGGGCAGGCUUCGCCGAUACGCGGUCAUUGCAUGACGGCUCUGAGGGCUUCGGCAUGCCUGUGGGCCCCCGGCUUUCCCCGUUCAUUCGACUAGUGUUUACCGGAUGAAACUUUUGAAUUUGAUUUUGCUUCCUUCACAUUUUCAGAAUUCUUCCUUCCAAAAUGACAAAACGGAUUCCAGCUUCAAGCCUGUCUCCCCUGAUCAAAGCCGAAUGUUAGACCAACCAAACUUGUCAAAUUCUAAGAAUACAGAUGCACAAGAGAUCGGUCGGAAAGAUUCCGGUACUUUCCUCUUUUCUAUGGCAUCCAGUAAGUGAACAACAUUCAAGCAUCCCAACCCGGCUUUAUUUUACCAUUUUGGCUUGUUAGGGUUUCAUCAAUUCAGUGCUACAGAAGCCUUAUUGUGCAUGUAUUUGCUACCACUGAUCAUGCUGUUAAGGAUGUCGUGAAUGGCCCGUAUGCGUCUGAAGACGAGUGUGAGCAAAUCUGAAAAGCUCAACCCACUUCUCCAGCCAUUCCCACUGUCCGACGCUCAUGAACGCGCCGGUAGGUAAAGAAACGGACAGAUUCGUCUCCCCGGGCCUCCUUUUACAGGUCAUUUACAGGAAUCGCGACCGCUUGCUUAAAGACUACUGACAUGCCACUUAUAGCCCAUGGCUUAGUGGGGCAAUGGACGCCAUCAGCCAGUGAAUACAGUAGUGAUGCAUAGUGCUCACCGGAACGCUGACCCCACAACAUUGAUCAGCAUGCAACAUACCAUCGGAUUUACAGAUGCGCGGUGGGGUGUGGUGGAUGGGACUUUUGAUACAGUUGCUCUGAACCCUGGACCCAUUUACACUGCUACCUUUCACCGAUUACACCUGCGCAUCUACGGCAGACUUGGUGCCGGGGCUGCCUACACCUAGACUAUUGCCACCCGUGAAUAUGUCCCCCUACCAAGCGAUGCCAUCAAGCUUUGACAGGCAAGCCUUCGAUUAAGAACAUUUCCAGUCAUCCGCCAGCCAGACAGCCUUCAGCGAAGCUUGGCUGUUAAAUAACUAAGCUCUAGGGUCUGACAAAAAGUUGCUGAGCAGCAGAGGACUGAGGUAAGACAUGCUGGCUGCCCAAUAAAGUGUUACAAAGCCCGAUGACGGCACCAUUUGCUCGCUUUUGCUGCCUUGUAGUUAGGUCCUGGAGCCAAAGCACUAGGAUAGACAACCUCGGACAAACAAUCCGAGCGGUUGUUCGGGACCCACUUGUACUCGAAUUUUUCGAGAAAUCUCAUGAAAACAUCCGACUCAAGUAUUGCCAUCCAUGCUACGGCGUCUGGAAAUCAGCGCGCUCCGCAACCCUGGUCUAUUGUUGUGGGCAAGUAAUAUGCGAGCUGCUCUGCUCAAUCGAGGGUGGGCUCGUUGUAUUGGAUACUGGUGUGCAAACGUUCCUGGGCACUUGUGUCCAAAGUCUGGCGGCGCGCAGUCUCAGGUGCUCGAAAAAUAAAGAUCCCGAAAGUGGCUCAUACAACCCUUCUGGUAAACAGUGCGAUCGCUCCCUUGCAGCAAGUGAACCGUGCCCUACUGUCAUAGGAACCGGUCAACAACCGGAUGACUUAUGUGCGACUCAAGGGCCACAACGAAUAUCUCGUUUCCGUAUACGUACCAACAUCAGCUGCAGACCAGCAAGUUAAAGAAACCUGCUCAUAGCUACAGGAGUUAGUUGGAAAACUUCCUCGUCUUGAUCUGCCGAUUGUAUGACCGGACUGCGCCCGUCAACUCUUCCAACAGUCACGCUAUUAGCCACUUUGGACUUGGCUCAGCAUGCGACAAUGGUAAGAUAAUACUGAAAUUCUCUAGUCAGAACUAACUGUUUGUCACCAACACGUGCCUCCAGCAUUGCCGCAAACAUAUACUGACCUGAUAUUCGUACAGUCAGUCAGAUUAACUACAUUCUAGUUGGUCUACGGUUCUGCAGCUGGGUCCACGAUAGCAAAUCUGUACGUGGUGCCAAAACUGGUAACGCCGGAUUGUACAGACACUUUUACAGUUUAAUUGAGUACAAGUGUUUUCCCCUUGGUUAUCGGUUUGCUUUUUCGUUACAUUUUCGCCUAGUUGUGUCUCAGAAUCUAGUAUUUAAAAAUAAAGUAUUAUGCCGUUUUCGAGUCCAGAAAGCGCAUUUUGAAUAACUCUUUGUUUUUUAGGUUGAUAUGGAUCCAGAAUUUCUACGUUUUCCCCAGGGAAAAUUAAUUUUUGUGCACUGUUGUGGUCAAUUACUGUGAUAUGUAAAUACGGUUAAGGCGUACGGUCAGGUCAGAAGCGAUGCGUCCUCUUCCCGUACUAUUACUGUAGGGUAAUGCGUUGUAAAUUCAGGGCAGGCGCCGUAUCCGCCAUCCCUGGCUGUUGACUCGGACUUCUAGGGUUGCUGUGCUUCAUGAACUGCAAUUUACUUGUGACUUCAGUACUUCCCAAGUCUGAGUUGCCGAGUCCAUGGAGCUUUGCGUGUGCGCGACUAAGUGAUGGCUACUGCAAUUAAGAAUUUGUGUUCAGAACUUCAGAACAGGCGUCCUUCUAGGCAACCGUCUAUAUGCCUCGUGAUUAGGACGGUCCUCCAAGGCUAUUCGCUGUCAUGUAUUAAGCAUGAAGAUGGCCGGUUUUUGUUAUUUGUUUUGCUGAAUCCUGCAGUGCACUUCGUUUCUUAUUUAGUCUUCACACGCAAUGCGUCUGACCUGGGUCUCGGUAAUCGAUCCGCCACUCUAAUUCACCACGGAGUCGUGCGGGUUGAGGGCUGUAAAUUACAGCGAGCAGUUAACCACAUUGAAUGUAGUAACUGCCCCUCUAGUUACAUGGCUCACGCGCCGUAAGUUGGCAACACGAAUGCAGCAGAACAGGGCUACGGUGAGACGCGAUGACAAUAUGCACAAACAGCCUGCCAUAUGAUGGGUGUUCGCAAUUUUUAUUCCACUUACACAUAAUUGUCAACGAACCCUACAAAUGAUAACACUCAGUUUGGGCCUUUCACCCGCGUGCCAAACGUUAACUAGCUCUUGCAUCAGAAUACCCGACAGUUUGACCGCCGUGACUGACGAUGUUCACCGUGUGCUCCACAACAAGGUGAGGGCAGACACAGUGACUCGCGAGCAGGCAGGCAGAACAACCAUUGUUUCUCUAUUAGUUCCUGCGCUAGAGAUACUCGUGUUUGCCUGUGAAAAGUGUUUUCAUUCUCUGGUCUCAGUAUCCGUAGGUGUACAACUGUAUGGUUUGUUUCGAUUUUCCAUUAUCGAGAUAGACAGACAAUCUAAUAGAUUGUCAACUAGAAGUCGACAUGCUGCAGAUUGACUUGUUUAUUUGCCUUCCAUCACAGGUUUCCCUAAUGAGAAUACUUUGACAUUUUGCGCCCAAGUUGUGGCGCGUACUUCAGUGUAAAACCCAACUGGCUACUGUCAGGCAGCACGCCUGCCUGACGCGCGGUAGCCAUUCAGCAUUGCACAACGGAGGCGGUGCAUAACUUUUUAUUCCACGGCCGGGAUGCAUUUUCCUAAACUCCGUGUCAGUUUUUUUCAAGCAAAAUUCUUUUUUAAAGUAUUUUAUAACCAGCUCGGCUUGCAGUGUACUUCAAAAAUCCCACAAUGCGUCCGAAGAUCAACCAGGAGGCUGUUGUCUUGCUCACAAGCGACCAGGUUCGAGCCUCGCCUUGUCGAAAUUUCGUUAACGUUGUCCGUCAGUUGGUAUGAAAAUAAAAAGUGCCAGCAUGGGAUGUUCAAGUGCGCUUUUAAAUACAAAAUCCUACUUACGGGAAGUUGCAGUAUUACCAUCACAUAUUUCCCCGAUUUAACUCAACACGAUGUCUUCCUGGCGCGCAAAUAGGCUGCCUGAUUUUGAUUUCAACCACCGUUGAAAUAGCGAUAUGCCUGGCGAAUUUGACCUCUUCAAGGUUUGUCUAAAAAAGGCUUCACGUCAGCGUUCACAGGAUACAUGAGGAUUGUCCGCUUUCUAAUUUUUUUAGCAUAGCUGCUCUCCAUCCGGCGCCAACCCUCGUAUAUUUCCUGUCGGUUUUUAAGUGAACAUAUAACAGAAUGUUGAAUGCAUUUUCGAAAGGCCAAUAUUUUUAAGAUACAGCGGUCCCGCGGCAUCGAGCUCAAUCUCUUUGGACCUCUGACGUUUGAGGUGACAACUAACAUUAAAGUUCAGUCAAUCCUAGUUCCGUUACUUUGACGCCCCUGGAAACUGGAAAUCCGCGAACAGAAAUCACCGGAUCUAAUAUAUUUUCACCGACUUGCGUUUCUGACGCGGGUUUUACGUGAGCUAACAAGAAUCACCAACUUGACUUCAUAAAAGCGUUUUCUAAGAAUACUGACUUCGUUUUCAAUCGGUUUGGCCUGACCGUGACCUAUGGGCGGAAUGUGGUCAGCAGCUUUGACCGAGAGUGGGUGGUGGAGGAUGAAGAAUUGGAUAAAGGUCUACCAGGCAGCGUGGCACUUGUUAUUCUCCUUUAAUGGACCGUUAUUCGUCUGGCAUUCCUGUCUAGUUGCGAUCACACCUCUAGACAUCUUGAGGCUAGUAUUUUUACUUCACUUAAUAAAUACGUGGAAUAGUUUAUUGGCCUAACUACCGGGAUUGACGCAAUCAGCAGUUGUGUGGCACGAACAGACACGCCUUACAACCAGUUGUAUUGGUCUCGUCUUGCCGUAUGAACCCAUCGGGUUUGGGAAACGAGACUUGGGCAUUUGCGCCACAAGCCCCUCUCAUAAAAGUCGAAAUCUUGUAAAAGUCUACUGCCUCCCUCAGUCUCCGAUUCCGACACAAAGCGAUCAGGACUUAUUAUCCCACUCGCCCAACACUACUGCCGCGCCAGCUUCUUUUUGAUUAAUAAACUUUAAAAAUCAAGUGUAGUUUGGAUGUGGUGCAGUCAAGACAGUAGGCGUCGCCAAACCAGCCCCACAGCUCAGCCUGGUGGCCACGGUCGUGACUUGCGCAUGAAUCUGUUUGUACUGGAGCAGGCUUGCACGGCGACUGCCUCAUUAUUUCUCUUCACGCUUUCCGUUUUUCGCUUACAAGAAAACGAGAAUGAUCGUAGAUGGGCGUCAGCUUCAUUUUGUAUUUAAUUAUUAAAGCGUAGUUGUGACGAACUAUGCGCAACAGCCGAGCCCUAGCGACGUGCUCUGACCAGGGAGAGCCAGGCGCGGUGAUGACAAAAGUCAUCUCGUCCCGUGGUGUAAAUGCCAACAUUAGACUGAAGACUGAGAUCGGACUUGUCACUUUCUUGUAACCACGACAAAAAGUUGUCAACUGGGACUGACUUGAAAGGCGCUUGCAUUCAGUCCUGGCGUUUCGCAUGCCGUCCCAUUGGUUGUUUAGGGCCAUAUUUUUCGCACUUGCCCCUAUCCCCAUCUACAUUCACUUGUUCAUUUGUAUGACGGAACAUAAGUAGCACUGCCUGUUAACGAGACAGCUUAUUCUCCCUUCGGUCUUAGUAAUUGCGGCCUGAAGUCAUUUCUUUGAUCGCUUUCUUCGUGAAUAUCCUGUUGACAGGCAUUUAUGCCAUAGCUUCCCAACUCUUUGAAGACAGAAAUGCUACUGUAACUGAAGAUCAGAAAAGCUACUUAGGUUUCACUGUCUUUAAAAUCGUUUCUCAACGGGCGUCUUUUUCGAACCGUUUCAUGAUUGCUGUCUCUCCAAGUUCAUGAGCUAUCACACCAAUCAGCCGCACAAAAUGCAAAAGCGAAUGUAAGGCAACUGGAAUGUUGGGGUUUGCCGCUGGCUAGGGUGUUUGAAUCGUAUGGCAGUCGUGCAUAAGAUUGCACUUCUGAUAACCAAAGACUGAUACCAGCGAUGACGGUUUCUUCCACCAAAAGCUUGUGCAGAUCACGACAGCCUGCCCCAGGUAUGCUAAAAUGGCUUUAAGUCCGUAUAGGGCAUGAGGCGCUCUCUAACAGUAGUUUUAAUAUCUACUGUAAUUUGUGCGACCUUUAUCUUUAGCUGAACACACAGUCCGUAAACCCGCUGCCGCAUUCGCCGAUGAUGACUUGGAACAGAGGGCAGCGAAACCGACUCUUAGUUGGCUUCCACCGUCUGCAACGUCCUCUCAAAAGCCUCUUCCUCCACAACCGGAGGAGCCGCACGUUUCUCGACUAUCGACUGCUGAGAAGAAGGCUGUGAUCAAGCGCAUAAUAGAGCAAAUUCCGACGGCUAAGGAGGAUCUGUUUGCAUAUCCCAUUGACUGGGCCAUUGUGGACGCGGUAGGCGUUUGCUUCCUUUCUUUACCACAACUUGUAUUUUGCUGUCAAAAUCUAGUAGCACGCGCCGUGCGAUGUGUCCAACACUCUGAUGGUGAACGAUCUUGUACGCCAUUCGUGAAUUCAGCUCAGAAACAAAGCUAUUCCGGUGGUCGCUUCAGUCAUGUAUUGCAAAGUAUGCCGUUGGUGGGAGUCCACGCAGCUAGAUGCCCGACCAUUGGUCCCAUAUCUCUCGGCAGCAUACGCUUUCCAUAGGUGCGCAACCGCAAAUCCUGGAUCCUGUGUUGCGUUUGUUGUACUAUGGCAGGGUGUUUGAUCCUUCCUCCAGUAAACGAGUUUCUGACCACAAACAGAAGUAUCGAGUUACUUUGCAAUGGCGUUUAGCCUACUUGAGGUUCUGUAAUUGGCAACAGUUAUUGCCACUGACUUACUGUCCAGUGUUAAUUUGGUAGUUGCUGAAGUGAGAACGGGAGAUGCAAAAACCGUCAGCAUUAAUACCCCCACAAGCUUCAGGGUCUAAAUUUAAGUCUUUUGCUUUAUGCUCUUUUCCAUAACUGCCACACAAGACGUGCUCCUGCUUCUCAACACUGUGAACACGCCCAAAAUGCUUUUGUUGUAGGAGUUUGUUAAUACCCGGAUAAGGCCAUGGGUUGAUAAGAAGAUUGUCGCAUACAUUGGUGAGUCGGAAGCCACACUGUCCAACUUCAUAUGCGAACAAGUACUCGAGCACAACCCACCUGCGAAAAUCUUGAAUGAAAUUGCCAUGGUAGGUUUUUUCUCUUGUAUUAAACAACCAGUACUUGACACUAAAGUCAAACCGACUUGCGUCUUUCUUCAACUAAUGAUUUUGUUGUAUUUGCAGGUACUCGACGAAGAGGCCGAAGUAUUUGUAGUGAAAAUGUGGCGCCUUCUUAUAUACGUAAUCGCAGAGAAAAAACUUGGAUUAAGCGUUUGA